UGGUUGUGGCAACACUGUUACCCAGGCUGCCUCAGUGGACGUGUCAGUGAUAACACAACACUGUCUCUCUCUUAUUACUGACCCUCUAGCUGCCCUGGCUCUCUCACACACCCUGUGAGGCACUACCAUCGUGGAGUGAGGCACUCUAGAGGUACCAGCAGCACUAGAGACAUGCUGAGGGCGACACUCUUGUGUUUAGUGGUGGUUGUGGUGCAGUGCUUCUACCUGCCCGGCCUGGCACCAGUCAACUACUGUAAGAAGGGCAACGACGAGGAGGCUAAGUGCCAGUCAAAUGUGCCACUUUACGUUAAUCGUCUUAACUCCGAAGAGUCAGUCAUUCCUUAUGAGUAUGACCAUUUUGACUUCUGUAAAGCAGAGGAGAACAGUGAGACAGUUGUUGAGAACCUGGGACAGGUGAUGUUUGGAGAGCGCAUUCAACCCUCUCCCUACAAGAUUGAAUUCUUGAACUCUCAGAAGUGUGUAUCAGUGUGCACCAAGAAUUAUGACCCCUCCAAUAAAGAUCAAGUGCAUUACCUUAGUGACCUUAAGAAAGCCAUGAACCUCAACUAUUACCACCACUGGAUAGUUGACAACAUGCCUGUGACCUGGUGUUACUUAGUGGAAGGUGGCAGUGUGUUCUGUGCCACCGGCUUUCCUGUUGGAUGUUUUGUUGACAAUGUCAAGCGGCCCAAGGAUGCCUGUGUCAUGGAUAAACGCUACAAAGAUCCCAGCACCUACUACAUUUUCAACCACGUGGACCUGAACAUCACCUACCAUAGUGGUGACAAUGAAGAUUGGGGCGCUUCUCUCAAUGGUCCCGGAGGACGCAUUCUCUCUGUGCGUGUCAUGCCAAGAAGUAUUAAACAUAUAGCAGGGGGUAAAGAUGAAGACUCGUGUGAUACAGCAGAGGUCAUGGGCAUCAGUGCAGAAUUCAAGAACAAAAUAGAGAUCAAAUAUUCUUACAGCGUAACUUUCACAAAGAGCACCGGGAACAACCGUUGGUCAUCUCGUUGGGACUACAUCCUGGACUCCAUGCCUCACACCAACAUUCAGUGGUUCAGUAUUCUCAACUCCCUGGUGAUCGUGCUCUUUCUCUCUGGCAUGGUGGCCAUGAUCAUGUUGCGUACACUUCACAAGGACAUUGCUCGCUACAACCAGAUUGAUGCAGGAGAGGAUGCUCAGGAAGAGUACGGUUGGAAGCUGGUCCACGGAGACGUGUUCCGUCCGCCUCGCCGCGGCAUGUUGCUCUCCGUCUUGGUUGGUUCUGGCUCUCAGGUCUUCAUCAUGACCUUGAUCACACUCUUGUUUGCCUGCCUGGGCUUCCUGUCACCGGCCAACCGUGGAGCAUUGAUGACAUGUGCCCUGGUGCUCUACGUGUGUCUGGGUUUCCCUGCAGGCUACAUUGCUGCUCGCCUCUAUAAGAGUUUUGGUGGAGAAAAGUGGAAAACGAAUGUCAUUCUGACUUCUAUGUUAUGUCCUGGUAUUGUGUUCGCUCUGUUCUUCAUCAUGAACUUGAUUCUGUGGUACAAGGGGUCAAGUGCUGCUGUUCCCUUCACCACACUGCUGGCACUCUUGGCACUCUGGUUCCUGGUGUCUGUCCCACUCACUUUUGUAGGCUCCUUCUUUGGCUACAGGAAGAGGUGCUUGGAGAAUCCAGUGCGGACGAACCAGAUUCCCCGGCAGAUUCCUGAGCAGAGUAUAUACACUCAGCCUCUUCCUGGCAUCAUCAUGGGCGGUGUGUUACCCUUCGGCUGCAUCUUCAUCCAGCUCUUUUUCAUUCUCAACUCCAUCUGGUCGUCACAAACAUACUACAUGUUUGGAUUCCUCUUCCUGGUGUUCUUGAUCCUUAUUGUCACCUGCUCAGAAACCACUGUGCUGCUCUGCUACUUCCACCUCUGUGCUGAGGAUUAUCACUGGUGGUGGCGCAGCUUCCUGACCUCCGGCUUCACAGCUUUCUACCUCUUUGUGUACUGCAUUCAUUACUUCAUCACGAAGCUCAGCAUAGAGGGUGCCAUCUCUACCAUGCUGUAUUUCGGAUACACUGCCAUCAUGGUCUUCCUAUUCUUCCUUCUCACAGGUACAACUAUUUUGUGCUAGGAAUGCUGUAUUUUG